AUGCCCUCGGGAGCAGUAGUCUCAGAACACAGCCACGCUUCUGCCAUCGGCACACGCAUCCUCGCCGCAGGUGGCAGCGCCGUCGACGCCCUCAUCGCUACCACUAUCGCCGUCAACACCCUCAAUCCAUACCAUUCAGACCUCGGCGGUGGAGGCUUUGCUGUGCUCAAGGAAGCGUCCCCUGAGGGCGCCGUAAAGUGCUUGGACUUUCGACAGUGCGCGCCGGCGGCUGUAACUGCAAAGCUCUUCAAGAAGCUCCCGGCACAAGCGACAGCCGUAGGCGGUCUGGCUGUAGCCGUCCCAGGCCAGAUGCGUGGGUUUGCCGAGCUCCAUGAGCUAUACGGCGCGUUGCCUUGGAAGCGGCUCUUUCAAGAGAGCAUCGACCUGGCCGAGAAUGGUUUUGCAUUCGGCGGAGACUUGUACGAGGUAUCAAACCCUCCCAACUCUACCAACCUCCGCGACACAUGGCUCGACAAAGACCCGUCUUACGCGUCCCUCAUCCAGCCAGACGGGCACAUAAUCCCGCAAAGAAGCAUAUGGAAGAGACCCGAGCUGGCAAAGGCCCUUCGGAAGAUUGCCGAGGAAGGUGCAGAGGCGUUCUAUAAGGGUGAGAUUGCGGAAGCGCUUGUGAAGGCUGUGCGAGAUAGGGACGGCUUGAUGACAGUGGAUGAUCUCGAGAACUACAAGCCAAUCUGGCGCGAAGCCUUAUCUACAAAAUACAAAGACUUUACCCUGUACGCCCCGCCUGCACCAGCAUCAGGCGCCAUCUGGCUCUCUGCCAUGUCCAUGCUCUCCCGCUUUGAGCCCGAAGGCUACGGCACCGUCACCGACCUCCACCGCUUGACGGAAGCCCUCCGUCUGGCUUAUGGUCAGCGGACAGCCCUCGGUGAUCCGGCGUUUGUGGAUGAUGCUGAAGAGAAGCAGAAAGAGUGGUUGACGAAGGAGUAUAUUGAGAGGAGGAAGGGGAUGAUUGAUGAUAAGGAGACCAAGGACCCGGAUUACUAUAAACCUGCCAAAGUGGAGAUUGUUACAGACGCCGGCACCUCCAACAUUACAACCACAGACUCUUCCGGCCUCACCAUCUCGGUCACCACCACCGUAGGACUCAACUACGGAUCACACAUCAUGGUCCCCGGCUGGGGAUUCGUCCUCAACGAUUCGAUGGACGACUUUUCGGUGGAAGGUCGACCGAACCAAUUUGGAUAUGAACCGCAGGUCACAAACUACGUGGCCGGCGGUAAACGUCCCUUGUCUUCCUCUUGCCCCUACAUCAUCACCCAUCCUUCCGGAAGAGUUUACGCUUCAGGUGGGGCCGCCGGCGGAAGUACAAUCAUCUCUUCAAACACCCAGAUCGCCCUCUCCCUCCUCGCAUACAACCACUCUGCCGCCCAAGCCCUUUCCAACCCCAGGUUGCACAACCAGAUCUUGCCCAACGUGAGCACAGUGGAAAGGGGAUCGAAUGUAAGGGGUGUGGAGGUCAAGGGGUUCACGGAGGAGCAGGUGGAAGGGCUGAGGAAGAAGGGACACAAGGUGCAGUGGGUUGAGAAGGCGUUUAGUACGCCUUGUGCUAUUUUGUGGACUGGGGAUGGAUGGGAGGCGGAAGGUGAUCCUAGGAAGCAUGAUUCGGGAGGAAGCGUCUACAUCGAGGGGUAG